UUAUUAAUAGAGCUGCCAACAUGAGGUUGUUAUUAGCUGUGCUUGGAAUUGUUUCCUACUUUCUAGUCAAAGUUCAGCUUGUAGUUUCUGAUAAUCGCAUAACGAACGGAGAGCUAGCGAAAAGGGGACAAUUUCCCUACCAAGUCGGACUGAAUAUAUCUCUGACCAACAGCAGCACCUGGUGUGGUGGUACUUUGAUAUCCCAUCGAUGGAUUGCAACGGCUGCGCACUGUGUGGAUAAAGCAGAGCAAGCAACGAUCUAUCUGGGUGCCUUGAAUAUAACUGAUAGAUUUGAACUGGGUCAGAUACGUUACACAGUGGACAAAUCGCUCUUUGUAGUGCAUCCAAAUUGGACAGUCAGCACUGUGGCUAACGAUAUAGCGCUGAUCAAGCUGCCCAUCUAUAUACCCUACAAUUCCAGAGUGAGAGCAGCUCAGUUGCCUAAGGAUCUAAAUGGAACUUAUGCCACCUAUGAUCAGCAGACGGCCUACGCUUCGGGUUGGGGACGUGAGAGCGACAGUUCCUUGGAGGUGUCUCCCACUUUGAGGUACGUGGCCAUGCCUGUGAUGCAACACGCUCGUUGCAAGAUGUACUGGGGAGGCUCACUCAGCGAGAAGAUGCUCUGCAUGAGCACGCAGAGCGGCAAAUCCACUUGCCACGGCGACUCUGGUGGUCCGCUUGUCUACAAGGAGAAUGAUACCAAUUACUUGAUUGGUAUUACUUCGUUUGGCCUCUCGGCGGGUUGUGAGAUUGGCUUUCCUUCCAUAUUUACGCGAUUAACGAGCUAUUUGGAUUGGAUCAGGAAGCAUGCUCCGGAGAUUUAGGAGCCUUUAAAAAUAUAUUAAGA